AUGGCCUGCCCGCUGAAGCCGGCGUUCCGCAAGGCCGUCGUCGACGGCCCGUACGGGGCCAAGGCCUCCACCGUGGACUUCCGCGGCGACCCCGAGGGGUCGCGCCAGCUGAUCAACGCGUGGGCGGCGCGCGCCACCAACAACCUGAUCGAGUCCGUGCUCGGCCGGAACUCGGUGAGCGAGCUCACGCGCGUCGUGCUCGGCAACGCCGUCUACUUCAAGGGCAAGUGGGACCAGCCCUUCCACGAGAGCGACACCUCCGACGCGCCGUUCCGCCGGGCCGGCGGCGCCGGCGCCGUCGACGUGCCCUUCAUGCAGAGCUGGAAGAGGCAGUUCGUGGCCGUGCACGACGGGUUCAAGGUGCUCAAGCUCGAGUACAAGAUGGGGGAAGUGCGCGCGCGCCCGCGCCCGCCGUUUCAUCCCAGAGACGUUGAUCGUGAUCCCACGAAGCCCGCCCCGUUCUUCCCUAACCGUGCCCCGCUCGGCCGUCCUGGUCGAUUCUCUCAUGCUGCCGCACCUUCCCGACUCGCCGUCGCCGGCUCCCAUUCCAAUGAUAGCUACAGCUAUAGCUCCAGCUCCACACAGUUCUCCAUGUGCAUCUUCCUCCCGGACGCCGACGACGGCCUGCGCAGCCUGGUCGACGCGAUUGCUUCCCGGCCGUGCUUCCUGCACGAGCACCUGCCUACUGAGAAGGUGGACGUCGGCGAGUUCCGUGUGCCCAGGUUCAAGCUCUCCUUCCACGACAGCGUCGUCGGCGUCCUCAACAAGCUGGGCCUCCGCCUGCCGUUCAGCGAGGCGGCCGACCUGUCCGACAUGACGGAGGACGACCGCUCCGGCCUCCCGCUGGUCCUGAGCGAGGUCGUCCACAAAGCCGUCAUCGAGGUGAACGAGGAGGGCACCAGGGCCGCGGCCGUCACCAUGUGUCUUAUGCAGGAAGGGUGCGCUGCCAGGCCGAGGCAACCGCCACCGGUGGUGGAUUUUGUCGCCGAUCAUCCGUUUGCCUAUUUCAUUGUGGACGAGGGGACCGGCGCCGUCGUCUUCGCCGGCCAUGUCCUCGAUCCCUCGAAACAAUAG